AUGGCUUUCCUCGUGGCAGCGGCGAUUUUAUGGGCUUUGAUAUGGCUUCUAUAUCGGGCAUAUCAGGUCUGCCAAACGCCAAACAAUAUUCUGGUUGAGAAACUGGGCUUGGAUAUUCCCCCCGCUCCCGAUGUUACUCUGGAAGAAAUUGGCUCUACUAUGAUUCGCAUUGCCUGGAAACAUCCAGACUUACACCAUUCUAUUCACAAGCACCUCAUUCUAGUUAAUGGCGUCAAAGAUACUCAGGAAGAAGAUGUGGACGGCGGACCGCCGCUUGUUCGAGCUUACAUCUCCGGACCCCCCACUCCUUCAGUUUCGCCAUCUACGCCGCUAAUGUGUCGAGAGCACAGUGGCGGACAAGCUCAGGGAAAGCGGGUCUCGGGAAACAGAAAAUCUUUCCCUCCCUCAAGUACAGGGCCGGAGAAUAUAACACACACAGGUGCAGUAGGCAGUCAAAGAGCAAGUAGCGUUGAUGAGUCCAACGAAAAUCUUUCACGGCUAGCAGAGCGCCUCAAGGACUUGCAACAAGAAAAUGUAACUUUGGAAAGCCAAGUUUGCAUGGAGGAGAAAGAACAUGAGCAAAUGUUACGGGAGUUGGAAGAACAACGCAACGAACUAAGACAACGAGUCAAAGAGAAAGAUGAAGCUAGCGGAGACCUUAGAAGGCAUGUCAAUAAAUUGGAAAGUAUCAAUCGCACAGUGCAAAGCGAGAAGAGCAAAAGAGAGAGACUGUUGCAGCAAAAGGGGGCAGAGCGCCAACGACGCAAGGAAGAUAUCACCCGAUGGAAUGAACAACUGGUGACGAUACAUGACAAAAUAUCUCGCGCCAAGGAAGAAAAGAAACAAAUCGAGGCUGAGGCAUCGAAACGGGUCAACGAAUAUCGCAACAAAAUCAUGCGUGAACAGGCUGAAAUGAAGACAUUGGAUGAGGAUAUUAGAGUGAAAGGAAGCCGUAUCAAGGACAUGGAAGAAGAAAGACUUCGGCUAGAGGUUGACGACGUGGAUGAUGGAAAGGAGCUUGGUCGAUUGGAGAAGGAGAAAGAUCACGCGUGGGAGAUCAAAUUGGGGGCUCUGCGGACACAAUAUGCCUCGCUCAUCAAUGCCCAUUCGCAGGCCCAACGACACUACCAGGAGGCCCAAGAGCGCCUUAGGUGGCUUACCUCACAGCGAUCGAAUGUCACUCCAUUUCCGCAGCUUCCUUCGAUGGACCUGGACCUAACACGCAGAGCUAGCUUCAACCGCCGCACUCGUCAUCGCGGGUCCCUUGUGAGCAACGUUUCGUCUCCAGUGGGCUACCCGCUGGUGGACACCUCGUUCGCCAAUGCAGCGCCGAACUACAAAACGCCUGGAAGUGGCUCGCCAACUAUUCCCCCCGCACCUGCAUUUUUCAACAUUAAUAAUGGGAUGACUCUACCGGACCCUUCUGACCAGUCCGUUAUUAACCGUGCGGAUACAGAUAUAAUAGCAGGCAAUCCCUCUAUGAGUCCACGGGCAGAUUCUCUACUACCUUCAGACCUCCUUGGCGACGAGGAACAACCGUCAGCCUCUCACCCUCCUGCAAGUAGCGCUCAAUUUCCUAGGUCAGGCGUGUUCGACAAUCUCCUUCCCAACUCCCCUUCACCUAUAUCUUCUGGGAGCCGCCCUGCGAGCCUAUUUACAAGUCCUCGCGAGAGCUUAAACAACCUACAGGAGAGUGGGCACAAUUCUGUAGCCAUGCCGCCCCCGCAGGUGCCCUCUGAUAGUGUUCAAAGUGCUUCUCGUCGCAUCUCGGAACUUUUUAACUUUCAUCGGCAACGGGGUAAAUCCAUGGUGGAUGGGCCGCCCUUGCUUGGGACUCUCAAACCAGGCCAAAGCCAAUCCUUCCCACGAAAAUUCGAUGACGGGCUUGAUCCAAUUGGUACCAGACGGCGUCGUCUUAGCUACGCGGGGAACUGGGCAAAUCCCGUCACAAAUCUAUUCCCCAGAAGUGUUGCCACCAAUGUCACUAGUGAUAGUUCGUCGGACCGUCUCCCUGCCAGUCGCAGAGCUAUGUUUCCUAACUUUUUCAGUUCUGGGAGGUUAUUAAAUACUGCAUCUUCAAGCGCCUUGGAGAAAUCAGCAAUUGAUCGUGUUGGCUCAGGUACUGGCUAUAACCAAUUCAGCCCCCGACACGACCCUAUAGAUCCUUCUAUCCUCGGGACCGUUCGCCGUGGUUCAUCUUCUCCGAGGCCGGCGUCCAUUUACUCGUUUGAAAAUCAUCAGCUUCCACUCCCAGCCGCGGACAACCAACCAUUCGGAUGGCCAGCCAUUGACAAAAUGGGGCAUAGAGGUAGCCCUCUCGGGCUCGACUGGGCAUCCCCCGCACCAUGGUCCCGCAGCCAGUCACGGCGCCCAUCAGUUCAGUUUGGAUCAUCAAGCAAUCUACAACUAGGCUUGGCAUCCGGUGAUGUAGAUUUUCUUGAAACCCCUUAUGAGUUACAGCGCCCAGUGCAAGCUCCCAUUGGAACCCGGCCACCUUCUUCUCAGCGCCCAAUAACUCCGAAACUCAACCCGACAGCACCUUCAUUCAAGACUCUUUUUAGCAAGAAAUCCGAAAAAGGCAAGAAUAAGGAAGCAGAAGCUCCAAAGCCUCGGGAUAACGAGCCAAAUCUUGAAAACAGCUCGCCACCAGAAUCCCGCCGGUCGAAAGAUUCCCGUUCCAUCCACACCUCAGCUGCAGAGUCAUACGAGUUCCUGGAACGAACAUCAUCAGGAACACCUUCCGAAAUAGUAAACCAAAAAGAAUCAUUUAUCCAAAAAAUCACGCGCAAAAGCAGCUCCAGCAAAUUCAAUAUCUCCUGGAAAGAUCGAGCUGGGUUGUUCUCGAAGAAAAGUAGUGGGGAACCGGCUUCCACUCCGACUCAAGGGGACAAUAUCGACGAAGAUGCCGCGGCGACAGAAUCUCUUCUUGGCAGGAGCGUUGAUAGCUUAGCUUCCAGCGUGCAGUCGACAGACAAGCUGACCAAGAGCAGCAGUCUGGGAUUCGGCUUUAUGCGGAAAUCCAAAAAGGACAAGGCAGCUGGUGAGUAUAGUGAGAAGGCUAGUGAGACUGGUGAUGAAGAUGUUUCCGGGGAUGCUUAA